AAAGGAUCAAGCUUCAUCUGGAUCUCAGGCUUGGACAAGGCGCAAAGAAGAGGUACAAGACAUAUAUACACCAAGCUGAAGAAGACGCAUGCAUAGGCAUAAGAAAAAUGAAGCUCGCAGUUCUGCAGUUUUACAAGGUUGAUGUGUCCGAUAAUGUCUAGAGCUUGACAGUAAAGAGGAGCAGGUACGUACGUACGUUCAUGGCAAGUGACGUUGAUGUGCAAUAUUAUGGGAAGUGAGCCUGACGACGACUAAUCCAUAUUAUUAUAUUUUCAUUUAACUUUUUUUUUUUGAGAACAUGACGAGUACUUAGAUUUUGUGAUGGUUUUCAAUUGCGGCUUCUUUACGGAUUAAAUUGGAUUUGAUGUAUUCCAUAUAUGUUUUGAUUCAUGAUUUUUUUUCAAAGCAAUACGGUGUGUGAUGAUUAUCGGGUGUUUUUAAUGCUUCUUGUUGGAAUUUUGUUACUUCAUCCCUUUCUGAAUAAAUGUCAUUUUAACAAAAAAAACUAUAAUGACACUUAUUAUUAUAAAAUAUUAUUAUAAAACAGAGUAUCAUGAAACAUAUGGAGUAUAUGGUAAAAAAAAUUGCUGGGAUCUAGGUAGGUAGAAAAAACACGGGUAUGAUAAUUAAAUAAUCUUAAACCAUAUGAGAAAGAGGCUUUAAUAUCAUGAUUAAAGGUUAAUCGUAUGAUUUUCCUAAACGUUCUCGACUUUCGGACAUGUAUACAACAAGGUUCCUUUGUUGUACACCACUCAUUGGCGGACAACAACUAGAAACGUUGUUUUGAUAUAUGGGAGUGAGUUUCUCUUGCAAAAAAAAAAAAAGUGAGUCCAUAAGCAACUAUGAAAAUUUACUUGGAGUUAGUAACCAAAGAGUGAAUAUAUUAACAAAUAUACGGACUGUUCCUACAAGAAGUACUAGUUUAAUGGUAACUAUAGCUUUACUUUGUUUAUGCAAACUAGCAUUUUAGGAGAUUAUCACUGGUUCUAACUUCUAAGCAUAUUUUUGAUCAUAAAAGGCAAGUAUUUCAUAUUUACUCUUUGAGUUCUUGGGUGGUAAGGUAAAGCACUUAUUAUCAUUGUUGACAAUGCUACUGCUAAUAUUUUCUCUUACAAAAUUGAAGAACACGUUCAAACUUCUUAUUUUUUUAACACAAGAACACAUUCAAACUUAUAUCUUUAUAAUCUUCUAAGAGAUUGAUUUAGUAAUAGUAUAUUCAAUAUCUUUUCUAUGCUUAAAACCAAUGGUAUCUUUCGCAAACGCAAGCAGCAAGCAAGCGUCUGCAUCAAUAAGAUGAAGUGCAAUAAUCACCAAUGACAACACUCUCACCCAGUGAGCUAUUUCUGCUGGAGCAGCAUCAUUUUUCAGAUUUUCUAAUAGUAGAAAGUUGUCUUAAAAUAAGUAAAUGAUCUUUACUUUGUCGGUUUUCAACAUCAAAACGAAUACGUAAACAUUAGUUUUAAAUUGGUUAGGUUAAACAUCAUAUUAAGAGUCGGUGUAUAAAAAAACAUGAUUUUACCACCAACUACGUGCACAAAAUAAUAUUAUAAAGAUUGUGUCGCGCAUUUGUAUGCUUUUCCCCAAACUAUUGUGUUCCCCCUUGAAUCUUUUCUUUCGUUACCACCAAUGACAAUGCACGUCGUUGAAGUUUCCCGAGUCACCCCCGCUCCUCACUCAGACUCGGUCCAAAACUCGGCCAACUCGCUAGCAAUCCCGUUGACUUUCUUCGACAUACCUUGGCUAGUGUUCAACCCAGUCAAGCGAGUGUUCUUCUACAAGAUCACCGAGUCGAGUCGUGAGCAUUUCCACUCAUUCAUCCUCCCUAAGCUCAAGCUCUCCCUUUCCCUCGUCCUCGGCAGCUACCUCCCUCUCACUGGCCGCAUCACCUCGGACCCAAACGAGCCCAAACCAAACAUCAUCGUCUCUCAAAACAACGCCGUUUCGGUUACCGUCGCUGAAACUGACGCUGACUUCUCUCUUCUUUCCAGCUAUGGACAGCGUCCAGCUUUCGAGCUGCACGCUCUGAUACCCGAGUUACCGGUUUCAGAUGACUCAGCGAAGAUCUUAUCUCUUCAAAUCACGUUGUUCCCGGACCAAGGAUUCUCCAUCGGCGUUUCCGCACACCACGGCGUUUUAGAUGGAAAAAUGUCAACCAUGUUCGUCAAAGCUUGGGCUCACACGUGCAAACAACACCUCCAAGAAAACAAUGUCAUCUUCUCUCUACCGGAGAAUCUAACUCCGUCUCUUGAUCGGUCGUUGAUCAAAGAUACAACCGGACUCGAUGAACAGAUGAUCAACAUCGUGAGAUCUCUCAAACAAGGCAAACUCAUCGGGAGCAGAAGCCUAAACUCUACUCCGGCCUCGGAACGCGGAGACGACGUCGUAUUCGCCACGCUCGUGCUGUCACGCGGUGACGUAGAGAGACUCCGGGAGCGAGUCAAGAACGAGUCGCCAGAUCCGAGUCAGCUCCACCUGUCGACUUUCGUCAUCUCCUACGCUUACUUGUGGACAUGCCUCGUGAAGGCGCGUGGAGGGGACAUGGAGAGAUCCGUGAGUUUCCUCUUCGUUGGAGAUUUCAGAGAGCGGCUCGACCCGCCGCUACCGGCGACUUACUUCGGGAACUGCAUGUUUCCGGCGGGCAGCUAUGAUAAUACGGCGGCCGAGUUUGCUGGAGAGGGAGGUUUUGUAGCGGCGGUGGAGAUACUCAGCGGUUUGGUGAGAGGUUUGAGUUCACGAAAAUUAGAGACGAUCGCGGAAGAAUUCAAGAUUAGUUUUGAUUGCGUGGGUGUGACGUCACAGUUCGGGACGCUAGCCGGGUCGACCCGGUUGGGAGUAUACGACUCGGAUUUCGGGUGGGGAAGACCUGUUAAGGUUGAUGUUGUCUCCAUUGAAGGAAACACAAUCUCAAUGGCUGAGAGACGUGACGAAUCAGGUGGCAUCGAACUGGGACUGUGCAUGAAGAAGGCUGACUUGGGCAUCGUCCUUACUUUGUUCAACAAUGGCUUACAAAACUAAACGUUAGUUUCCUACAUUUUUUCAAUAAAAGCUAAGCUCAAUGAGUUGUUAUUGUUUCUUGUGAUGCUUUUGAUUAUUACUCGAAGCACAAGUGUUGCUUACAUGGUUAUUAUUACUACUACAUGCUUUAUUUAAGAAAUUAAAGCUAGCAUUUGAAGAUGCUAAUCAUUA